CAACAAGUACUCACGCGACCUGAACUUGCUACAUUCGCCCUCUUUUUGAACGCUCCAAUUCGACCUCGUUUCACACCAAACCUCCACCAUUCCAUCGCACACCAUGUCGAACGACAACAACUCACCCCCGCUACCCUCGCCAGCUGCAACCGACCGACGACGUGCCUCUGUCACCUCUCAGACCUUCCAUGACCUCUUCGGCCGCUCCGGCAGCUAUGUUGGCCAACAGGGCACGGGGGCUUCAGGCCCCAUCACCACAGCUGCCGCCAACGCCCAACGACGGCGGCUCUCCCUCACCACCAUUGGCCUCGGGGCCUCGCCUGGCCAGACUUCGCCUUUCCUCCAGACCCCUCGCACACGUACGGAGAGCAUCUCCAGUGCCAACUCGGGCUCCGUCGACGAGAGUCCUUUCGAGGACGACUAUGCCCCCUCCAAUUCAGCUGCUAGCAGCAACCCAGCGACCCCCUUUGCUCGACGGUUAAGCUUCGGUGCACGCGCCCUGCGGGACGUUAGGCAGAGCAAUGGGAGCGUUGGGAACCCAAAUGGCGAAGGCUACAACUUCGCGGAGAACCUCCGUUCUCGAGCUGAGCGAGGCUCCAUGUCCGGCCCUCCUCCGUCCUUGGGGCCCCAUGGCCACCAACGGGCUAAGAGCGUCGCUAUCAUGGAGCCGCCGGCCCGCGAGAUGCCGAAGCAACCAAAGGUCCCCGACGCCAUGCAGGAGCGAAUCCUCAAGGGCGACUUCUACAUGGAUUAG